CUUUCUUUCCAUGACCCCUCAUUUCUUUUGCUUUUUUCUUCAUUGGUCCGAUAUAUUUGCAUGCAGUCGGAAAUUUGAUCACACGCUGUUAAUUCAAUGAAAGAGAGCAGUACCAGUGGUGGCGCCGGAAGAAAACAAGGGGCGGCCUCACCUUGUGCCGCUUGCAAGCUUCUGCGGAGGAGAUGCUCUCAUGACUGUGUUUUUGCUCCCUAUUUCCCAGCCGACGAGCCUCACAAGUUCGCCAGUGUUCAUAAGGUGUUCGGUGCUAGCAAUGUCAACAAAAUGCUCCAGGAAUUACCUGAGCACCACAGAGGAGAUGCGGUGAGCUCAAUGGUGUACGAGGCAAACGCCAGGAUCAGGGAUCCAGUGUAUGGUUGCGUGGGUGCUAUAUCAUCCCUACAACAACAGAUAGACGUACUUCAAGCACAAUUGGCAGUGUCACAGGCUGAAGUUGUUCACAUGCGGAUGCGCCACUUCUCUUCCAGUCCUGUCAAUCAAUCACCAGAAAACAUCUCGCCACCAUCUCGACACCACCAAUCACGAACACCUACCAGGUCCCUUUUUGGCAUGGACAUGGUGGUUGACCAAACUAAUAUGGGCAUGGGGGAGUCCUUAUGGUCCUCAUGUAACUAGCAACCAUAUUUUUCCUUAUUACUUGCUAUAUUGAGGGAUUCCUUGUUUGUCAC